CUUUAAAUAUCUUUUCUUCUAUGCUCUCUUCUACUAUACACACUUAUACCAAAGUGAUUAUUGGAGAGAGAGAGAGAAAAAACACACGGUGAGAAAAGGUUAGGGAGAAACCCACCUUCAUUCAGCUUCCUUUCUAGCUACUUAGGGAGAAAGUGCGAGCUAGAGAGAAAGUGAAGCUCUAGUUUUUCUUCUGAAUGAAGAAAAGAUAAAGAUGGUGAGUGAGAGAGAAAUUAAGGGUCAGCAAGAACUGAAAAAAACACAAACAUAGGUCGUUAUUGCAUUUUUCUGAUCUUCUCAUCCACUGCUCACUGCCCCUCUGAACCAUUCAGAACCUCAUUCUUCCUUUCUCUUCAACCAACCUUUUCUUCCUUCAAACACCGCAGUAACAGUAACAGAAGAUAAAUCAGCAGAAGCAGACACACACACACACCCUAGUGCUAAAAGUAACACCUCUCCACCCUCACCCUCUUUCAUAAAUCUCACUCUUCUUUAUUUCUCUCUGAUACACUUGCAGAGACCCCACUUUAAGCAAGUAAUCCCCACGCAUCUAGAUUUCCCUUCCAAACCCCCCAGAAGAUCCAACAACCUUUUCUUCUCAGUCUGACAAUCAUAACCACCCUCUUAGUUCUUAACACUAAAAUAUCCAUGUCUUCUUGUUACAGUUGUUAGUUAUUAUAUGUAACACAACUCAACACCACAUGUAUAUUUUAUAUUACUAUAUUUGAUGCAUCAAAAGGGUUGAGAAUUAUUUUGUUUUGUUUAAGAUUAUUAUUUUAUAUAACUGAGUUGAGUUGAUUUAUAUCGGGUUUAUGUGAUUCGAACAAGAUUAUCUUAUUUGCCACGAACAAGAUUGUCUUAAAAGAAAAAAUACAUUUAGUUGUGGCUACUACAAGGAGAUUCCCUUCAGAUUCCGGUGCCUUCGCCGACUGGACAGCCACUCCCUCUGCCGUCUCGGGGCGUGCCGCCGAGGAUCUGUCACUCGGGUUCAAUGCCUCCUCCGCCGCGGCUCACGGCGGCGCAGCCAUGUGGCCGGGGGCGUCGAGGUCAUUCAACUACAACCUGGCACCUCACCACGACAUCUACGUGGUGGCGCCGGCUUCCUCGUUCCACCACCACAACGACGCCGUUUUGUCGGAUCCGAACAACGGCAGCGGCACGAACUCCACUGCACUCGGCGUGAACGUGUUCCCCCUCCUAAGCGCGGCGGCGCCGUGCCUGGAGAGCGAGGGCAUAAUGGGAAACAGCGUCAGCAGCAACCACCGCAACAGAAUUCAGCUAUGGCAAGGGCAAGGGCAAGGGCACGGGUCCCCGGGUCACGAGGGCAUAAUGGGAAACAACAACCACAACCACCACCACCACCACCACCGUAACAGAAUUCAGUUAUGGCAAGAUCAGGAGUCUCCGCCGCCGCAGCAGCAACAGCACGUGGAACACGAGGCGAGUGGGAGUGCGGGGAGCACGUGCCAGGACUGCGGGAACCAGGCGAAGAAGGAUUGCAGUCACAGGAGGUGCAGGACGUGCUGCAAGAGUAGGGGUUUCGAUUGCGCUACGCACGUGAAGAGCACGUGGGUGCCUGCUGCGCGCCGGAGGGAGCGCCAGCUCAUGGCCGUCACGGCGGCGGUUGGCUCCACUGGCUCCACCUCCGGCGCCAAGAAAGCCAGGAUUGUUGCUUCUCAGACCACCACCACUUCGCAUACUUCCACCUCUAAUAACACCACUCCUCCUAGGAGUUUCGACACGGGUUCUAGCCACCAAGAUGUGGGUUUCAAGGAGUCACUACCCUGUCAAGUGCGUGCACCGGCGGUGUUCAAGUGUGUUCGUGUGACGGCAGUGGAUGAUGGGGAAGACGAGUAUGCGUAUCAGGCUGUUGUGAAGAUUGGUGGCCAUGUCUUCAAAGGGUUUCUUUAUGAUCAAGGGACUGAGGCUGAGGAUAAAGAGGGGUAUCCUAAUAUAUCUGAACUGCAUUUGGGUGGAAAUGUUGCAACUGCAAGUGAUGGUGGUGGUGGGAGAAAUGGUUCUCCAAUGCUGGAUCCUUCUGAGGUCUAUGCAGCUUCUGGUGGAGGGUUACUUGGAGGUUCUUCAAACUAUGGUAAUCCAAUAAAUUAAAUUGUUCUUUCCAAGUUCUACAUAGAUGAUGGGCUUGGAAAGCCUGACUUAUUGUAGGGUAAUUUUCUUGUUUUACCAAUAUUAUUGAGGUUUUGGGAGGGUUAAUUAGAGGGUUAUAAUUAAGUUGAAUUAAUAUUAAGAUUCUUCUAAGUUUGUAUCUUAUGACAUGUCACUCUGCAUUUUUCAACUCCUCGGUUUUUGUUCC